AACACCCCCAUCUCAUCGAUUUGUCCCCGUAUCUAGAACCCCAAAUUUCACAGCCUCUUCAUCUUCUGCUCUUGCAGCUCAUCACACAGACCCCAGAGCCAUGACCCGCACCGAGCGCGCUGCCAACCCCCGCGCCCUCGUCAGGGAUCGCUCCGAGUCCAAGUCGGGUCUGGACAAGUCGAUGCGCAAGAAUGGUAGCGGCCAGCACAACUGGGGCAGCCUCGCCGAUGAACAAUACCUUGAGACCGCUGGCUACGAGGACGAGCAGCGCGACUUUGAGAACGCCACCGGCGUCAAGCCUGAAGCUCCUGAGAAGCCUGAUCUGCAGCGCAAGGAUGGCUCGUUCACAGAAGAGGAGCGCGAAACCGCAAGGAAGUUCAGGAAGAACAUCCUCAAAGGCCAAGACGUCGAUUUGUCUGCCAUUGCGCGUACUUCACCUGCCGUCUCCACUUCCCCACCUACCACAUCUCCCAUUGUCCGUGAUGCUGACACCAAGACCAUGAAGGAAGCAUAAAGAGUCUCUUUGAUCCAAAGGACGACCUCGAAUUGCGGCCGAAGUGUGAGCUGUUACCGUAGUAGCCAAGAUGUAUUUUUAUUGAAUGAUCAAUGUCAAUAACCCUCAUGCU